AUGGAAACUGUUGCAGCUUUUCGAGCUUCUUUCAGCAGUCUUUCGGCUGAUUGGCCGUGCAACCGAUCGGUCCCGGUCCGACCCGAUUUGAGCGUCGGCUCAAGGCGCGUGCCCUCUAACGCCUUGAUUCAGCGAAGACAUUCAAUUUCUCCAUCGAAGAUUAACAACAGAACAGCGAACCUUUUGAGCAGGAAACGGACUACGAUCAGAGCCUGUAUGCAGCCUUCGAAUUCUGAAAGCUCGUCUGCUCCUAUUGCACCUCUUCAGCUGGAGUCUCCAAUUGGUCAAUUCCUGUCGGAGAUACUUGUAAGCCACCCACAUCUUGUCCUAGCUGCAGUCGAGCAGCAGCUCAAGCAGCUGCAAACCGACCUCGAUGCCGAGAAAGAGAAAGAGGAACCAGCUGCAUCCGGCACUGAUCUUGUGUUAUACAGGAGAAUUGCCGAGGUGAAAGCUAAUGAAAGGAAAAGGGCCUUAGAAGAAAUACUGUAUGCUCUAGUGGUACAGAAAUUCAUGGAUGCCGAAGUUCCCAUGGUCCCAGCAAUCGCCCGAUCGCCGCCCAACAACUCUGUACGUGUGGACACAUGGCAUGCCCCCGAAGACCAGAAACUCGAGCGUCUCCACUCUCCCGAAGCCUACGAGAUGAUUCAGAACCAUCUCGCCCUCAUUCUCGGUAACCGGCUCAGUGAUUCCAGCUCGGUCGCCCAAAUAAGCAAGCUCAGGGUGGGCCAGGUGUAUGCAGCCUCCAUCAUGUACGGCUAUUUCCUCAAAAGGGUUGACCAGAGGUUUCAGUUGGAGAAGACAAUGAAAAUCCUUCCCCAGGGGCAGGGUAUGGUUGGUGGAGAGAGUCUUGCCGAAGAAGUAAUGAUGGACGAGACGAGGCCUGAUGAUUCGCCGACGCAUCCAGAAGUCUCUGCAUGGUCAGGUGGUGUUGGCAACAGGGGUUUUGUUGGGUUAAAACCUUGUCGGCUGCGGAGUUAUGUGAUGUCGUUUGAUGGGGAGACUCUUCAGAGGUACGCAACUAUACGGUCUAAGGAGGCUAUCAGUAUUGUUGAGAAACAUACAGAGGCCCUGUUUGGUAGGCCCGAGAUGAUCUUCACACAGGAUGGGAACGUUGACCCCUCUAAAGAUGAGCAGAUUAAGGUGACCUUUGGUGGGCUGAGACGACUUGUUCUGGAGGCUGUGACUUUCGGCUCUUUUCUUUGGGAUGUUGAGAGCUAUGUCGACUCAAGGUACCAUUUUGUCACAAAUUGA